AUGCCCGGGGAACUGGCGACGCCACGCGUCCGUCAGGCGACCAAAGCAGCGCUGGGUGGAGUGCGGACCUCCGCACUGCUCACCAGUGCGGUCGCCAGUACGGAGAACGUAGGAGCAGGGACCAAAACCCCCACCGCGCUGGCGUGCAGUGUACCACUCACGAAGCUGCUGAGGGGACAUGGUCACACCAUUGCGCUGCUGCUGCUGGCGCUGACCACCACCGGAGCCACUCCUCGGCGCAGAGUCGCGACUCGCUCCACCACCGCCGCCGCCGCCUCCGCUGCCGCCUCCGGCGCCUCCGCCGCCACCUCCACCUCCGCCUCCUCCACUACCUCUGCCGCCUCCGCUCCCUCCGCCACCUCCACCGCCUCCGCCGCCUCCACCGCUGCCGCCGCCGCCACCACCCCCGGCACCACUCCCACCACCACCCCCACUCCCUCCACCGCCUCCACCACCACCUCCACCGCCCCCUCCACCCCCUCCAGUGCCCUUGCCCCCCUUGCCCUUGCUGGUGCGACGUCUCCCGCUCGGGGCAGACGCAGCGCUGACCGACUUGAAACCAACGAGGUGGGGCGAUCGGGCUGCUCGGCGGCUUGGCUGUCGGGCGGCUCGGCUGCAGGGCGGCUCGGCUGCUGGGCGGCUCGGCUGCUGGGCGGCCGGCUGCACGGUGCUGGGCGGCUCGGCUGUCGGGCGGCUCGGUUGCAGGGCGGCUCGGCUGCUGGGCGGCUCGGCUGCACGGUGCUGGGCGGCUCGGCUGUCGGGCGGCUCUGCUGCUGGGCGGCUCGGUUGUCGGGCGGCUCGGCUGCUGGGCGGCUCGGGCGGUCGGGCGGCUCAGCUGCUCGGCGCUGCGUGCGCUGGGCGGCGGGGUCGCAGAUGGCGGCUGGCCGCAAGGGUGGGCGGGGCCGCUGUGGCGACGGGACGGGGCCGUAG